AUGAAAGAACUUGAUAACAUCUUAUGCAUGUUCAUUUUGUCUAUAAGAAAAGAAAAUGGUGACGAGUACGAAACAACCUCACUGAGAUCUUUUGUAUCAAGUAUAGACAAGGAACUUCAACUUAAUAAUUAUCAAUUCACCAUCGCUAAGGGACAGCGCCAAGGAUUCCCACGGUUCAGGGAAACACUUUCGUCUAAAAUGAAAAAAGUUAAGAAAGAAGGUAAAGGAAACAAGGCGAAUGCGGCCCAACCAAUAGAGCAGCAUGAAAUUCAAAAGCUCUACGAUGAAGGGCAACUUGGUAAUGGAAGUCCACAGGCCAUAAUAAACUCUCUAUGGUUCCGAUUCACAACAAACUUCGGCAUGCGGAGUGUGGAAGAACAUUACAAUUUACGAUGGGGUGAUGUGAAGCUGUGCCGAGACGUAGAGGGAGAUGAGUAUCUGGAGUUGGUCGAGAGGCAGACAAAGACUCGAACGGGUGCAACUGACGAAGCAAGAACUGUGCCGCCAAGAAUUUGGGCCAAUGAUGAAGACCCAUCCAAAUGUGUUGUCGCAACUUACAGAAUAUAUGCGUCAAAACGGCCCCAUCGGUUUUCCGAGCCCAGCGACCCAUUUUACUUGUCAACAAGUACAAAAGCCAACAUCACUGCGACUACUGGAAAUGAGCAAUGGUUCAUCAGCAUGAAAAUGGGCAUAUAAAAAAAUGCACAAAUUAUGAAACACAUGUGCAUUAAUUCUGGAAUCAGUAGAAAACUUACAAAUCAC